UUCUCAGCAUAGAUAUUCUACACCUCAUGUCUUCACAUUCAGUGGAACAAAUCCUUCUCCUGAAUGUUCCCUUUCUCAAAGACAGAGAUCCACUUCUACCCCAAAUGUCCACAUGGUCAGUACUACUAUGCCUGUGGAUAACCGGAUAAUUGAGAAUAACAGCCUGAAUGCUUCUCCCAGGUCCUGGUGCAGACGAUUCUGUUUAAGGGGAAGAGAUGCUAUACGUAGUCACAGUGAAUCUGCAUCACCACCAGCUAUGUCAGGAAGCCCCAACAAUACAAGUCCAACAGGGUGGUCACAGCCUAAAACACCAGUUCCGGCUCAAAGAGAGCGAGCUGCAGGAGCUAAUCCGCAAGAAAAAAAAAUAAGAUCACGUGGACAGAGGGAUUCAAGCUAUUAUUGGGAAAUAGAAGCAAGUGAAGUUAUGCUGUCAACCAGAGUUGGAUCAGGCUCAUUUGGAACAGUUUAUAAGGGAAAAUGGCAUGGCGAUGUAGCAGUAAAGAUACUAAAGGUUGUAGAUCCAACCCCAGAACAAUUCCAAGCCUUUAGAAAUGAAGUAGCUGUAUUAAGGAAAACUCGGCAUGUUAAUAUUCUACUAUUUAUGGGCUAUAUGACUAAAGAUAACCUGGCCAUUGUCACACAGUGGUGUGAAGGAAGUAGCCUAUAUAAACACCUGCAUGUUCAGGAGACCAAGUUUCCAAUGUUACAACGUAUUGAUAUUGCAAGACAGACAGCACAAGGAAUGGACUACUUGCAUGCAAAGAAUAUAAUUCACAGAGACAUGAAAUCAAAUAAUAUAUUUCUUCAUGAAGACCGAACAGUGAAGAUAGGAGACUUUGGUUUGGCAACAGUGAAAUCCAGAUGGAGUGGUUCUCAACAGGUGGAACAGCCUACAGGAUCUGUUCUCUGGAUGGCACCGGAAGUAAUUCGAAUGCAAGAUAGCAAUCCAUUCACUUUUCAAUCAGAUGUGUAUUCUUAUGGAAUAGUACUAUACGAACUGAUGACAGGAGAGUUACCCUAUUCACAUAUUAACAAUAGAGAUCAGAUCAUUUUCAUGGUUGGUCGUGGUUAUACAUCGCCUGAUCUCAGCAAACUAUACAAAAACUGUCCAAAAGCUAUGAAGAGGCUUGUAGCAGAUUGUGUGAAAAAAGUGAGGGAAGAGAGACCUCUUUUUCCACAGAUAUUGUCUUCCAUUGAACUGCUGCAACACUCUUUACCCAAAAUUAACCGAAGUGCUUCAGAACCUUCUCUGCAUCGUGCAACUCAUACCCAGGACAUAAACUCAUGCACAUUGACUUCAACAAAGUUACCUGUGUUCUAGGAGAUCCACGUGCAGUCUUCACCAUUCUCCCCAAUAACAGUUAUUUCAUAGCAGUUGUGUUUUUGAAAGCUUCAGUCUACAGAAUUGAACAGCCAGCGUGGGAUUCACCUGGGUGCCAAUUUUAAGAGUGAGCUGCUAAUGAAUUUCUGCUGUUCUAAGCCUACAGGGACAAAAAAACUCCAUGUUGCCUUUUGCUACAGUUUAAUCUUAUGGAAAUAGUGCACAGACUGUAUAAACAGA